AUGUCGAACACCACUAUUGUCGCAGGCUUUUACAACAGAAACGCGGAAAUAGAAAAUAAUCGCCUGGUUGACGGGAAGCUCGAGUUUGCGGUUACUAUGAGGACGAUUCUAGACGCACUGCCGAAAGGCAACUUUCUUCGAAUUGCGGACAUAGGUGGAGGCACGGGGCGGUACGCCAUGGAGUUGGCCAAAUUGGGUCACAAAGUGACCUUGACAAUUAUCUGCGCUGAUGCAUCAAAGUUGCGAGAGUCAGUCUUCUCACAAGAUGACAAAUUUGACGUAGUGUUGCUACUCGGACCGCUUUAUCACCUCCUGGGGCGCGAGGAGCGUAUUGCUGCGCUCUCUGCUUGCGCUGCUCUGACGAAACCGAAUGGGAUGGUCUUCGCCUCGUUCAUUACAAGGUUCGGCCACUUGAGAGAUGUGGCGCGGCGGGAUCCCGGGCGGCUUGCUCGCGAAACUGAGUUUUAUAAUGAGUAUUUGGAGAAUGGGAAAUAUGAUAGGAGAAAAGACUGCUUCUCACAUCAUACACAUCCGACAGAAAUACGGGACCUCUUGCGAGGAAUCCUUGAGUUAAGUGUUGAGAGACUUGUGGCGUGUGAGAGCUUUCUUGGGUUUGCGUCCGCGACUGGCUUAAACUGUCUGGGUGAGGAUGGGUUUCAAGCUUGGGUGGAGGUCGCAUUGCCGUUUGCUAGUGAUCCUUGUGCCCUUGGGGCUUCGGAGCAUAUUCUCGCUGUUGCUCGACGGGUUUAA